AUGGCUACAAAUGGAUAUUUACCGUCAUUGAUGUUUACAAAAAGAAAAUAUGAUGAAAGCUACCUCUCAUAUGGGUUUUCUCAGAAUGGAUCUGAUUUACCACAUACGGCAGAAUGUCUUAAUCCAAUCUUGGAAUCUCAAUUAAACGAGUAUAUGACAAAUGUAAUUGUAAGAAAACAACGAAGGGAAAGGACAACAUUUACACGAUCACAGUUGGAAAUAUUAGAAAAUCUUUUCAUUGAUUAUAAAUAUCCUGAUAUUUUUGCACGUGAAGAGGCAGCAAUGAAAAUUGGAUUGUCAGAAUCCCGAAUUCAAGUCUGGUUCAAAAACAGACGAGCAAAAGAAAGAGGCCUUCAAAGAUCAAUUCAGCCUUUAUCAAGAAGUUUCCAGAGUUCACCAAAGGGGCAUCGAUCGAAUUUACAAAAUUCUCCUACAAAAUCUCAAGACAUUUCAAAUUUAAUUUCUGAAUCUAAACCUUUAUUUUAUGACUAUUCGGUUGAAAACCAUCAAACUAAUAUUUCAAAUUAUUUUCAAAGUAACAUGGAAGAUAACUCAUGGUCCAGUCAUAUUUACAAUCAAGGAUUUAACGGAAUGCUAUAUUAUCCUGGAAUCGACCAUUUUCAAUAUUUUCCUUCAAUAGAAAAUUUUUCAGGAAAAGAAAUGGGAUUUGAUGGAAACAUGGCUUUUUUCACAGAACCCCCAUAUUAUUUCAAUAUGAAUUAUAGUCAGGAAAACGAUUUAAUUCCGCCAUCUUAUGAAUCUGAAUUAUCUUCGAAAUCAUUUUUUUCUUUGGAAAAUCCCCCAUUUUAUGGAUUGGGAGAAAAGAAAACAUAUGAUUCUAAUAUUGAAAAAAUUGAUUCUCUUCAAAUGAACAACAACUAG